GUUCAACAAAGUGGCAUGGCCACUUCAAUUCCUCUAUAUAAGAAGCAUUUAGCACACUUUCAUUCAUUCACCCCCCACGGAAGAAUUACCUCCAAACCUAACAUAAAAAAUUAAAGAAAAUGAUAGGUUGGGAUGACGUGUACAAGGUGGUGGCCACCAUGGCCCCACUCUACGUGGCAAUGGUCUUGGGUUACGGUUCGAUCCGGUGGUGGAACAUGUUUAAACCGGAUCAUUGCGACGCCAUAAACCGGUUCAAUUGUUUCUUUGUCAUCCCAUUCUUCAACUUCCAUUUCAUCUCACAGGUUCAUCCUUAUCGGAUGAACUAUUCCUUCCUUGCCUCAGACAUUGUAACUAAAUCAGUAGUCAUUGUCGCCCUCGCCUUGUGGGCCAACUUUGCCAAAAGUGGAAGCCUAGAUUGGUCCCUCACCACCUUCUCAUUGUCCUCCAUGAACAACACCCUCGUAGUAGGGGUUCCGUUGAUGCAAGCCAUGUACGGGCCAUUGGGCUAUGACAUCCUUCUCCAAGCAGCCGCCAUUCAGUUGUCGUUGUGGCUGACGUUCUUGUUGUUCGGGUGCGAGUUCCGACGUACGAGGUUGAUCCAGAUGUCGUCAUUACUAAACAACAACACGACGACAAGGGCUGCAGAGAAUACAAACAAUAAUAAUCACAAUAAUGGAGGUGUUUCGUCCAUAGAAAUGGAUAUAGUAGGUCUUGAACGGGGUUAUAAUCCAGCGGCGGCGGUAGCGGCAGGCAAUUCGCCGUCGUUGAAGCCGUUGAUCAAAGCCGUGUUUAUCAAACUUUCCAAGAAUCCUAAUUCUUAUGCAUGCUUUCUUGGCCUGGUUUGGGCCCUAAUAUCCAAUAGGUGGAAUUUUCAUAUGCCUUGCAUCUUGGAGGAUUCUAUCUUGAUCAUGUCCAAGGCUGGUAGUGGUGUUGCCAUGUUCACUACUGGGCUUUUCAUGGCGUCACAAGAGAAGAUUAUAUCGUGCGGUCCGGUUUUAACGGUAUACGGUUUAGUAUUGCGGUUCGUAGUCGGACCGGCGACAACCGCCAUGGGCGCCGCCCUCUUGCGUUUGCACGGUGAAGUCUUCAAGAUUGCUACAGUGCAGGCCGCAUUGCCACAAGCUGUAACUUCAUUCGUUUAUGCCAAAGAAUAUGGAAUCCAUGCCGAUGUUCUCAGCACAUCGAUUAUAAUUGGCACAUUCGUUUCUCUACCGGUGUUGAUUGGAUUUUACGCGGUUCUCGACCUCUUAUAUCCUAGCUAAUAAAUUAAACUAAUAUUCUCCCAAAUAAAAUAAUCUUCUAAUUACGUACGUUUUAUGUUGAACACUAAUUUGAAUUGACUCGUUUGGG